UUAAUAUUUUCCAAACCUACCAAAACAAAGCAUAUCAUAAGAAUCUCCCCAUCUAACCUCGAUUUCCACCGCAUCUUCAAACUUCAAACAAACAACCAAACAACAAUAAACCAAAAAUCCUAUUCUUCUAAACAACCCCUUUUCAUAACCAAACCAAUUUACAAUUCAAAACUUGUAAUUAUGUAUUCGCUUAAAUCGGUGUUGAUUUUGUUAAUCUCUCUAACAAUAUCAUCAUCAUUAUCAUCAUGUACCUUAAUCGAACCAAAAAAUUUAUCAGCAUACGAUCUUCUAAUGGAAUACGGUUUCCCAAUGGGUCUUCUUCCAAAAGGAGCAAUUGGGUAUUCCCUUAACAGAGAAACAGGUCAAUUUUCUGUGUAUUUCGAGAAAACUUGUAGCUUUGUUAUUGAGAGUUAUACACUUAGUUACAAAUCUACUAUCAGUGGUGUGAUUUCGCAGAAUAGACUUUAUAAACUGAAGGGUGUUUCCGUCAGGAUUUUGCUUUUGUGGUUGAAUAUUGUUGAGGUUUCUCGUAAGGGUAAUGAUAUUGAUUUUUCUGUUGGGAUUACUUCUGCUGGUUUUGGAGUUGAGAAUUUCCUUGAAUGCCCUCAGUGUGGUUGUGGGUUUGAUUGCAAUAAUAUUCUGAGGUUAAACGGUGAUGUUCAAGUUUCUUCAAUUUAGGUUUUAUUGUAUUUUAUUGUAUCAUUCAAUUUCGGAAUGGAUUAUUGAACGAACUUUUCUGUUGAAGAUUUUAGAUCUAUAUCUAUUUAUCUUCUUUGUUUUAUGCUUUUUGGAAUUGAAAUUCAGUAAUAAUAAUAGGUGAAUUUUUUGAGGGUGUAUUUUGUUUUCUCUCACGUGAAUUAAAGAUCCAAACUGGGGUUAGUGUAACUUGCAUCAUUCUAUUGUCUUGCCCUGCCGUGGGCAUGUCGUUUUUUGUUUAUCUCUUUUAGUUUUAUGUCUUUUUAGGUUCAUAAAGGAAGUAUGUACUUCAUUAAUAUUAAUGAUUGCUGCUGUUAUUAUCAUGAAACAGCUUAUGAAUUUUGCUGCAAGUCAGGUUGUCUAGUUGGUAAGGAGUUGACUCAUACUUUGUAAGAGUGUGUGUUCAACUUCUGUUGCAGGCGUAAGAACUUUGUUGCUAGGUUUUAUGUAAGUACUCUCUGAGUCUCGUCGUCGUAUGAACCUUGUAUGUACUUUUUAUCUGAUAUUUAUCAAUAGUAUAAGUGAUGACGAAUCUAUUGAA